AUGAAGUGGUCAGACCUUUUCGGGCGCGUCAAAUGUGUGGUUAUUGGAAUGAUUCACGUUAAAGCUUUACCAGGUUCUCCACUUGGCUGCUUGAAAAUGUCGCAAAUCAUCGAAGAGGCAUGCAGAGAGGCCAGAAUAUACCGGGAUGCAGGCUUGGAUGGCGUGACGGUGGAGAACAUGCACGACGUCCCGUACUCGCUAUCUCCCGGUCCUGAGGUAACCGCAUGCAUGACGUCGGUAUGCGCCGCCGUGAGGAGCGUGUGUCCAUCCGUUCCCGUCGGCGUCCAGAUUUUGUCCGCCGCUAACCAGCAGGCGUUAGCCGUCGCGCUAGCUUCUGGUGCGCACUUCAUACGAGCGGAGGGAUUUGUGUUUUCCCACGUGGCUGAUGAGGGUUUGGUACACGCUUGCGCCGGAGAACUUCUCCGGUAUCGCAAGAACGUCGGGGCGGACGACAUCCUCAUCUUUACGGAUAUCAAGAAGAAACACAGUUCUCACGCUCUGACAUCGGACGUGAGCGUGGCGGAGACGGCUCGGGCCGCCGAGUUCUUCCUCUCGGAUGGACUCGUCCUGACCGGAAUUUCCACCGGAGCCCUCACUGACCCGCAGGAGCUCAUCGAAGUAUCCCGGGCGGUCAGUCUCCCGGUUCUAAUCGGUUCUGGCGUGACCGUGGAGAACGUGGAUCGCUACCUGGGCGCGAGCGGCCUCAUCGUGGGCUCGCACUUCAAGGAAGGCGGCGUUUGGAGCAACCCGCUGAGCGCCCGGCGAGUCGGCGACUUCAUGACCCAGAUGAGACGCCUCAGAGGAUGA